AUGGCCUCCUUCGCCGAGAACCUCUGGAACUCAGUCUUCACCCCGGGCACAACACCAACCCUCCUGUACGCCACAAACGCCAGCUUCGCCGCCCUCCAGCUGACCCUCCUCGCCCUCCUUGCCGCCACCCGCUCCAUCCACUUCAUCGUCCUCUCCUUCCUCUGCGCCGGCCUCUGGCGCGCCAUCAACUGGUUCGCCGCCGAGCUGGCCAUCGCCCAGGCCCGCGAGGCCGCCGACAACGACAGGGCCGCCGCGCCCGGAGGACCAGCCGAUACCCCGGGCGGCGGCGGCGGCAGCAGCAGCAGCAGCGACGACGACACUGAGGUCGACACAGCCGUCGACCAGGCCGUGCGCUCGCGCAAGACGGCCGGCAGCGCGAGCAGGGAGGUCGAGGUCGAGGGGUCUGCGGCCGGCGAGCUGAAGCAGCGAUCCGCUGCCGCUGCCGCUGCCGCUUCCGGGCCGGCAUCGGCGGCGGGGACACAGUCGAGCGCGAGCACCGAGGACGAGUGGGAGAAGGUUUCGGAGAAUGAGAACGAAAAGGAUAAAUAG